AUGUUUAAUAUUAAUCCUUAUAAAAGUAAAACAACAAAAUCAUCAUCAUCAUCAUCAGCAUCACCAAAAUCAAGUAAAAUAUCAAAUGUAUCAGGAUCAGGAUCAUCAUCAUCGUCAUCAUCAUCAUCGUCAUCAUCAUCAAAAGAUAAAGAUAAAGAUAAAAGAAAGAAAUCAUUUUUAAAAGAUGAUAGUGUACCAUCGCUUUCAUCAAAAACAGAGAAUAGUUUAUCAUUAACAUCAUUAUCAGAGAUAACACAAUCAAUGACCAAUACACAAACACAAACAGCAACAGAUGCAUCAAUGACAGCAGAGGAUGUAUCAGAGAUUGGAGAAGAUUAUGAUCCAUUUUUAUCAAUACUUGAGGAACCAGGUGUCGAUGGAGCAACCAUUGAAAAAGAGACAACUGAAGAGCUUCAAGAGAUGUUGGCAGUAUUAAAAGGUGUUCAAAAUGAAUGUAACGUUCUAUUAUUGGGUAGAACUGGUGUUGGUAAAUCAUCGACAUUGAAUACGGUGUUUGGCAUUGACAUACCCGUACAUUCCUCAGAAUCAUGCACACAAGAUCCAUUCACCUAUAGUAGAGUUGUGAAUGGAUUCAAAUUGAAUAUCAUUGAUACACCAGGUUUUUUAGAUUCACAAGGUGAGUUGGUCGAUUCAAAUAAUAUGAUCAAAAUUCAAAGAUAUCUCUCGGGUAAAACCAUUCAUUGUGUAUUGUUUGUUGAGAAAUUCACAGAGACAAGAUUCGAUGGUGCUCAUCAAUUGGUGAUCAAUCAAUUCACCGAGAAAUUGGGUCCACAACUUUGGAGAAAUGCUGCCGUGGUUUUAACUUAUGCCAAUAGUGUCUUGCCAGAUUCUUGCUAUGAUGGUUUCGAUGAGGAGGAUGACGUCGGUCCUUGGAAAAAACAUUAUGAAGCAAGAGCUUUACAAUUUAGAAAAUUUUUCGCUGGAAUUUUGGCUCAAUUGCCUCAAGAUGAUUAUCCUCCAAAACAUAUACCAGUCUAUGCUAUGGAAAACUCUAGAAGAUGUAAACGUAAUGAACAAGGUCAAAGAGUACUCAUUGAUGGUACUCCUUGUCUUCAUUUGUUAAUUAGUGGUCUCUUGAAAAUGGUUGACCCAAAAACUGCUUUCCUUUUUAUGGGUCAUCUUCGUGCCAAAAACAAACCUGGAAGAGGUCAUCGUGGAGAUCAGAAUGAUAGAGAACUUUCAAUCAUGGAUAAUAUCACUGAAAUCCUUAAACUUUUCAUCGUUCCUCCUUUCGAUCAAUUGGGUAAAGGAACUGUCGCUAAAAUAUUGGAAAAUUGGGGUAAAAAAUUGGAUAAAUAUGGUAAUUUACCAAAUUUAUUAAAAAUUUAG